GCUGUCGCUGUCGUCGUCGCCUGCCACGUUGCUUUGCGUUGCGUUGCGUUGCGUUGUGUCGAACUCGUGUCGUCGUCGCCGCUCAGUCGAGGUCGUGGUCUCGCAUGAAGCGGUCGACAAAGUCGCAUCCUCCAUAUUUCUCUCUCAGUCUUAGUCUCAGUCUCAGUCAGCUAUAGUCGAACGAAACAAACAAAUAAAUGAACACACACGUUCUUCUCGUUUCUCGUUUUGGCAAUCGCAUCUUCAACACUCGACGACGUCCGGUUUGUUGUUUUUUGUUUUGUUACCUCUUCAGUCAGUGCCACGUGCCACGACGUUCUGUUAUUGUCUCUGUUGAGUCUGUUGAAUCCGCGCAAAGGCUAAAUAAUAAUAAUAAUACAAAUCUAUAAAAUAAAUAAUUAAAUCGCAUCGCGUUUAGGCCGCGGCAAGCUCCAAAGAUCGCAAUCGCCGCAUCGAUUGUUCGUUUUGCAUUUUUUUUUUGGGUGCAUUUCACAUCAACAACAACAACCACAACAACAACAACCAUUUUUUUUCGGUGCAAUCUUUUCGAAUUAAUUGAAGCUCCUCUCUCCACGAUGAGCCUAAUGACUUUCCGAAAGUAUUUAAAAGACUCCUCAUCUUCGUCCUUCUCCUCCUGCAAACUCUAGUCAAGUCCAAGUCUCCGCCUUCCAUUAAGAAUUGUGCUUAAUUUCAUUUUGUGGACCAAACAAAACUUUUGUGCAAGCCACAAUUAAAAAUAAACAAAAACAAAAAACACAAAAUAAAACACGCAAGCAUCGAGUUAACUGGAAUUGUCUCUAAAAAUAUAUGCAUAACCUGAAGUUUUGGAGCAGUGGCUAAAUUGAAUGAAUAUUGAAUGCGAAACGAAGUGCACACACAACUCGAGUGGCUCCCAUCAAUAAAUCAAUGUGCUAGCAAUAAUUUUACAUGCAUAUAUAUUUAUAUCAAAAAUAAAGAGAGAGAGAGAAAGAGAAAGAAAGAGGGAAGUGCAAUAAGAAAGAAAUUUCUAAAUCAAAUUCUAUUUUAAAAUUGAAUUUUAAAUGCAGACAGAGAAGGAGUUCGAAAACAAAACCGACAAUAUUUGCCAACAAAAUCGAAAUACGAAAUCGAAGUAGUGACAACAAAAAGUAAUCAAAACUUGCCAAAGCAGACGACGACAAAGAACAAAAAAAACAAGGAAAAAAAAAAAACAGACAAACACAUAAAUAAAUAAAUAAAACGGAAGCGCAGCAGCUCUCGACGACAACCAAAAAAAAAAGUGAUAGAAAAAGGCAGCGAAAGACCAAAAACAAAAACAAGAACAAGAACAAAACAAAGCAGAGCGUCUCAUGCAUAAUAUAUGUGUGUGUUGUUGCAUGCAACAACAACAACAACAACUCGCAACAACUCGCAGCAAUUGAAAAGCAAUCAAUCAUCGAGUGGCCCGAUAACCGAUACCCGAUAACCGAUCAAAAAGCAAACGAAAACCGUUGACAGACAAACUUGUAAAAACGUGAAGGUCAACGACCGACCAGAGGAGAUGCCACAAAUGCGUUGCAUGCAAACACCUUCUUGCCGCUAAGACGAUUCCAUAGAUAUUUUCUCCUUACACACACACACACACUCGAACACACACACACACACGUUUCUCUCUCGAUUUCCGCCCGCCAAAAAAAAAAAGAAAUUCUCGAAUUUUUAUUCGUCUCUGCUUUAUUUUUGUUGAUAAAUGGCAAAGCCAAAAAAUUUUGCGGCUAGCCAAAAGUAAAAGUUUCCGCCAAGAGAGCGACAGAGAGAGAACAAAGAGAAGGUGGCACUGAUAAGGACAACAACACAAUAAUAAAAGCAGCGCAACAACCAGAACCGUCCCAUCAAGCGCAGAAGUGGCAUUAGCAAGCGUCAGCAGACUUUCAUAAAAAAGCCAACACACAAGCAAACAAAAAAAAAAGGGAGGAAAAAUCGAGGAAAAAAAAACCGAAAACAAUUGCCGUAGAAAAUUGUUUUCGUACGUUUCGCUGUUGUUGGUCAUUCUCAACUGCUGCCAACAAGCGUAUCUCCGGCUCGAGUGUUGUUUUUUUUCCUCCUUUGGCUGCUGAUUAUCGAUUGCGCCCUUCGUCGACCGUCUGAUCGAUGCGCCAUAUGUCUAGCUAAAGUGCCAGAGAGAGACGGAAGGUUGGCCGCCGCAUGCCGCAUGCCACAGGUUGAGGUUGAGGUUGAGGCUGCAAAAAGAUUUUGAGAGCUGACAACAACAAUUAAAUGGCCAUCGAUCGAGCUGCUGACUGCAUGGAUUGAAUUUGCCACCCAAAAGCGGAACAACAAACAGCACAGAAGUUGCCACACACAAACAAAGUGUUAGAGAGAGAGAGUGAGUGGAAAACCAAAAGACAAAUAGAGAAAGAGAAGAAAGAGACAACAAAAUGAGAAUGAGUUCAACACAGAAGACGCACACAUCGAUAACGGGCAGCAGCUGCUGCUGUAGCGGCUUCAGCUGCUGUAGCGGCUUCAGCUGCUGGCGGCUGACCUUUGCCCUCGGAUUCCUUAUGCUAAUCAUGCUGCCAGCCUGCUCCGCUGGUCCGCAUGAGAAGCGUUUGCUUCACGCACUGCUGGACAACUAUAACAGCCUGGAGCGUCCCGUGGUCAACGAAUCCGAUCCAUUGCAAUUGAGCUUUGGCCUCACUCUAAUGCAAAUCAUCGAUGUGGAUGAAAAAAAUCAGUUGCUCAUCACAAAUAUUUGGCUGAAAUUGGAAUGGAAUGAUAUGAAUCUGCGUUGGAAUUCAAGUGAAUUUGGCGGCGUUCGCGAUUUGCGUAUACCACCGCAUCGUUUAUGGAAACCGGAUGUGCUCAUGUAUAACAGUGCGGACGAGGGAUUCGAUGGCACCUACGCCACCAACGUGGUGGUACGUAACAAUGGCAGUUGCCUUUACGUGCCGCCUGGCAUCUUUAAGUCGACGUGCAAAAUUGACAUCACCUGGUUCCCCUUCGACGAUCAGCGUUGCGAAAUGAAGUUCGGCUCCUGGACCUACGAUGGCUUUCAGUUGGAUUUGCAAUUGCAAGAUGAGGCUGGUGGCGACAUCUCAAGUUUCAUAACCAACGGCGAAUGGGACUUGUUAGGUGUGCCCGGUAAACGUAAUGAAAUCUACUAUAAUUGCUGCCCAGAACCUUAUAUUGACAUAACAUUCGCCAUUUUGAUACGACGCAAAACUUUAUACUAUUUUUUCAAUUUGAUUGUGCCGUGCGUAUUGAUCGCCUCGAUGGCACUGCUAGGUUUUACACUGCCACCAGAUUCUGGUGAGAAGCUAUCGCUUGGAGUUACUAUUUUACUAUCGCUCACAGUCUUCCUGAAUAUGGUCGCGGAAACGAUGCCAGCGACAUCCGAUGCCGUGCCGCUGCUCGGAACUUAUUUCAAUUGCAUUAUGUUUAUGGUGGCCUCAUCAGUUGUGUCAACCAUACUUAUCCUCAAUUAUCAUCAUAGAAAUCCAGAUACGCAUGAAAUGAGUGAAUGGAUAAGAGUAAUAUUCCUUUAUUGGUUACCUUGCAUAUUGCGCAUGCAAAGACCCGGACAGGUUGGCUACGAAUGCCCGCCGCCGCCCUCGUCGUCGGGCUCAUCGAACGCUGGCGACAAAAAGCAACAGAUCCAAAACGUUGAGCUCAAGGAAAGAUCUUCGAAAUCGCUGCUCGCCAAUGUGCUCGACAUUGAUGACGACUUCCGAUGCAAUCAUCGCUGCGCCAGCGCCACAUUGCCCCAUCAGCCUACAUACUAUCGGACAAUGUUUAGGCAAGGCGACGAUGGCAGCGUCGGUCCCGUGGGUCCAGUUGGUCCUGUUGCCGCCGUUGCCGAUGCACGCAUGCACGAGGCCAUCUCGCACACCUGUCUCGGCUCCUCGGCGGAAUACGAACUGGCGCUGAUACUCAAGGAGCUGCGUUGGAUAACCGAUCAGCUGAAAAAAGAGGAUGAGACAGGCGACAUAACGCGAGACUGGAAAUUUGCGGCAAUGGUCGUGGAUCGCUUGUGCCUUAUUAUUUUCACGCUUUUCACCAUUAUAGCCACGUUGGCGGUGUUGUUUUCGGCGCCACAUUUCAUUUUCCCAUAAAUGGCUUCACACUUAACUGUCAACGAUCUACGCAAAUCUCAAUACUUCACUUCAAGUCGUACAAAAUAUUGUUUCUACUUUUGUAAAAGAAAAAAAAGAAAACAAACAACAAAAGAAAAAAAGAAUGUAAAACCCACACAAUAAUGAUCAAAACCGAAAAAAUGUAAAGAAUACAUAAACGAGUAAAUGCUUUUCAACUUCAACUUCUUCUAAAAAAAAAACAAAAAUUAAAUUAAACCUUAUACUUAUAUUUUACUUUCAUCAAUAAAAAUAUGAAAAAUUGACUUUUUCAACAAAUUGUACGACAGUUUGUUUUUGAUUUAUUCCGAAUCUUCUCGCCUUUCGUUUCGUUUUUCGUUUUCGACACACAAAAAUUAUUGUAAAAUAAUUAAUUUUGCUAAUUUGUUCAACCGUUUUUCCUUUCUACUUCAAGUUGGUUUCUUGUUGGUAUGAUUUUGAUUUUUUAGUAUGUAAAAUAGUGUAUACAAAUAUGUUGCUGUGAUAGAAAAAUGAAUGAACAAAACGUAAACCAGUCACAAUAAAUUUCAAAUUCAAUGUGAACAAGCCACAAACACAAACACAUACACCCAUACAUUUACACACACACACACA